GAUUUUUGAAGUUAUGGGUAUUUUAAAUUCUCUGAUUAUGCCAGUCACCUUGGACGAUGAACGUUUUACAAAUGAUGACGACGAUUGGAAGAUCGAUAUAUGUUUUGGCAUCAUUUAUUUAAUAAACCAAGAUAAAGACCAACUAGAUUAUCUAAAGGGAUACAACGAGGAUCUUCGUCAGUUCAAAGACCUCCACAAACUCUUUGGGAACGAAUUCUUGUUAAAAAAAAUUAUCAAGAAAUGGUCUUCAACAAGGAAAAGGAAAUGA